GUCAAAGCAUCCAAUAGGUGAUUAUAUCGUAACAAACUUGGCUUAUUACCCCAUUUUCAGUUAAUCUGAAACAAUGGCAUUAAAUCCCUCCGCCGGCGAUCAACAAUCCUCCUCCACCUCGGCCGUGGGCGCUUUUUUAUCCCGCAUCUCCCAAACGAUCAACUCCGGCCUCUCCGACCGCCGCCCCUGGUCGGAGCUCGCUGACCGGACCGGCUUCGCGAAGCCGGAAUCCUUCAGCGACGCAAACCAGCGCCUCCGCAAAAACUACGGUUAUUUCCGCACCAACUACCUCAUGAUCGUGACCACCGUGUUGGCGAUAUCUCUCCUGACGAAUCCGCUGUCUCUCCUCCUCCUCGCCGCCCUCCUCGCCGCCUGGCUCUUCCUCUACGUCUUCCGCCAGCCGUCGGAUCCUCCUAUCGCCCUUUUUGGCCGCCAAUUCUCCGAUCGGUCGGUGCUCUGCGGGCUGAUAUUGUGCUCCGUCAUCGUUCUCUUCCUCACCAACGUCGGAUACGUGCUCGUGUCGGCGCUCAUGGUCGGAGUCGCGGUUGUCGUCGCACAUGGGGCGUUGCGUGUUCCGGAGGAUCUGUUCCUCGACGAGGCGGAGCCGAUCGUGAGGGUGCCCAGCCUCCUCUCGUUCCUCGCCGGGGGCGCUGCUCCCACGCCUCAGCCACCCAUCGCCUCUAGGGCUUAGAUUGGUUUGUUUGGUUCCAUUAAAUAUGAAACGUUCAUUUUUUGACUAGUGUUGUUUUGUGAGUCAAUGAAAAA